UUUUGUUUUUAUUAAUAUUGAAAAAAUACUUUACCAUCUUUUUGUACACAUGACACAUGCACAUCUAUUCUUUCUUUCCUCACUCUUUCUUUCUUGUGAAACCUGUACUUUCAUGACAUGAAACAAAAUCUAUACCUUACAGGAUUUGGUUGUAAAGAGUGAAAAGAAUCUUCAAUUGCCAUGUUUAAUCUCUGGGGCGGCUCUCAACAAGACCAGCAAAACAAAGAGGCUUAUGCUGAAUCCAAGAUUAAAGAGCUCAAGCUUGCAAUUGGACCCUUAUCAGGACACGACUUGAAGUACUGCACCGAUGCUUGUUUGAAGCGAUAUCUGGAAGCUCGAAAUUGGAAUGUCGACAAGUCCAAGAAGAUGUUGAAAGAGACACUCAAGUGGAGAUCAGUCUAUAAGCCUGAGGAAAUCCGCUGGGAUGAGGUUGCCGUGGAAGGAGAGACAGGUAAAAUGUAUAGAGCAGGUUUUCAUGACAGACAAGGAAGGACUGUUCUUAUUUUGAGACCUGGAAUGCAGAAUACUUCUUCAAUAGACAAUCAGAUUAAGCAUCUCGUGUAUCUUUUGGAAAAUGCUAUGCUUAAUCUUCCACCAGGGCAAGAACAAAUGGCCUGGUUGAUAGACUUCACUGGGUGGUCAAUUACCAACAAUGUUCCCCUCAAAUCAGCCAGAGAGACCAUCAGUAUUCUCCAGAAUCACUAUCCUGAGAGGCUUGGCAUAGCAUUUCUUUAUAACCCUCCUCGAAUUUUUGAAGCUUUUUGGAAGAUAGUGAAGUAUUUCUUGGAUAACAAGACAUUUCAUAAGGUGAAAUUUGUGUACCCUAAGAACAAAGACAGUGUGGAACUCAUGAGGUCUUACUUUGACGACGAAAAUCUUCCAAGUGAACUAGGUGGAAAAAGCAUAUUGAACUACAACCAUGAGGAGUUUUCCAAAAUAAUGGCUCAGGAUGAUUUGAAAUGUGCAGACUAUUGGGGCACUGACGAAAAGCUAAGAAACCACAGGCAUUGUGCAGCAGAGGUAGCUCCAGAACCAGUUUGCAGUGAAACUCCAGCUACUUGAGAAAUCUAACCUUGUUUUAACUUAGUGCAGUUAUAAGUAUUAAUUAUCAUAAAGCCAUUCGAUUCAGGCAAAUUAAUAAUAAGUAACAGCUUUAUUAUUCCAUCACGAUGUAGUAAUAGUACACUUGUUACCUGCUAGCAGAUUAGCUCAAGCUGAGUGAUUUUUGAAAAUAUGGCAAUGUGCAAUAUUGAUAUGAUUAAAUAAGUAAUUACUUGACUGUAAAAA